AUUGCUUGCUUCAUCAGCAGUAGGCUUGGCUUGCUGCUGCAAUUCUCUCUCCUCCCUAACCUGGAGCUCCAGCUGCAUCAGGAGCCUGCAGAGCAGUAAACAGGACACAGCACCAGCGACAGAAGGUAGUAUUGUGUACUGCCACACAACAACCAGAAACAAGAAUCUGAGACUCUUGAGCAGCAAAGAGAAGCACUAAGAAAGGACACAACUACAGCUUGAGGAGGAAACGAGAAGAAAAAAGGAAAGAUGAUAAACAGACACUAGAAAGCAUAAGGUGAGUGAUUUUAAAUGGGGAGAUCCACAUGCACAUGUUGGCUACAGUAAAUUAAUGUAAUGUAGUGCUGGCUCAUGAUAAAGCUAGUCUGUGCUCUGUUGCUAUGCAGAUUUUUUUCUUUUACUAUUCCAUGGAGGCACUGAGAAAAGUCACAUUACAGUUCUUAAAUAUAGAAGCUAGCAAUGUAAAGCACAGUCAUAGCAGUGACAACUGCUAUUAUCAAGCACAUAAAGCGACACCUUGAAGAAAUUUCCAGAAUAUAUUUACCAUAUUCAGUGCUUGUGAUAGAGUAGUCUUUAGAUCAGAAUAUGAACUGCAGCUGUGGACACACAGUUUAUUUGCCUGAAUGAACUGAAUGUCACUGCAGCAUUCUGAGCGCAUGUCCUACUGGCACAUCUUCAAGCUGGUUGCUACUUAAAACCAAAGACACACAGAACCCUACUUCAGAAUGGCAACAGUACUGAGAAGAGAGUAUGAUGAGUUCAAGUGGUGAAUUCUCAAUGCACGUGCCAUUUCCACAGCCAUUCACUUACUAACUAAUAAAUAACAUUAAACAUAACAAAUUUUCUUAACACCAUCAAUGAUAUUACAUAACAAUAAUGUUACUGAUAAUGUAAGGACUCAAUUUGAGAAUAAAACGCCAAAAUGCUCAAACUGUUACCUGGUGGGCCACAGUUAAAAGUUAAAAGUUAAAAGUUUUUAAUAUUUCUAAUGAAAUUAUGGUUUCUGUUGAUAUUUAUAUUUAUAGUUUUGUCACAUAGAACUGUGACUAAGAAUAGUAUACAGUUAAAUGGAUCUUCUCUAAUGAGCUAUGUACAAUGCUCUAUGAUUACAGCCUUCAAACACUUCAGAGCUACUGUGUACAAUUCAGUAACUGAAACUUGGUGUCAUUCUGUUAUAUUAUUGUAUCAUAUGCACUGUAGAUGCUGUUGUGUUCAUAGGUCCAUGUGCAACAAUUUUAGAACCCACGGACAAAGCCAAGAAAAAUAUUAGAAAGAAAACAGCACACGGAAACAGAUUUCCUGUUUUAAACAAGAAUGCAGAACCAAAGAAGAAAAGGUGCAAGAAAAAAUAUGGAAACCCAAAACAGAAAACCCAAUCCCAUCACUGCUACAUUAGGGCAUUAGCUCAAGUACUGCAUGACAAUCAUAUUCAUAAUUAAUUUGGUCAAUACUCAAAUUAAAAUCUUUUAGGACAAUUAUUCACUUGCCUUUGGCAUGUAAUGCAUUCGAAACCCCAAAAAAGAUUUUCUAACUGAAAUACCUACACAAUCAAAAAAAGACAGAUGGUGAUUAAGUACCGUGCUCUCCAUAAACAUGAGAUGGGGCUUCAGCCCAGCCCUGUCACAAGCAUAUAAAAAAUAAUACUGUUAGAUCAACUUGAGUCAUCUAUACCCACUUCCUAUCACAUCAGAAGUACAUAAAGUUACAUGGACUGGUUCUCAUAUAUUGCUUUUCUACUCUACCUGAGUUGUUAAAGCGCUUUAUACAGCUUGCCUCAUUCACAUAAUCAUAAAAGCAAUUUUUUGUAUAAUUUUUCUACAAAAGUGCUUGCUAUCUAACAGUCAUACCUGUUCAUAGUCCGAUGGAUGCAUAGAAGAGCAACUUGGGGUUAUGGAUAUGUGGCAUGCAGUCUGGAGCACCCAGGGAUCAAACCACACACCUUCAGAUUAGUAGACAACCUGCCCUACCUCCUGAGAGCUCUAAGCAUGCCUGUAUGCUCUGCUUCUGUGCUCUACCUACUCCUCUUGCUGCUGUGUGGGCUGCUGGGAGGCUGGGUGCUGUCCAUCUGCCCUGCUGCCUGCUCCUGCAGCGGAGGCCAUCGUGUUGUGGACUGCUCUUCACGAGGCCUGACCAAGUUACCACCUGGUCUGCAGCAUAACAUUCGCUUUCUCAACCUUUCUUUUAACAGCUUGCAGGGUCUGGACAGCCAGCUCAGCCACUAUGCCCAUCUGCGCACCCUGGAUCUGUCCUACAACCGCCUGGAGAGUCUCCCCCCUGCCCUGCCAAGGUCUCUGUGGGACAUUCGAGCAGCAGGGAAUCAUCUACGCUCUCUAGACAAAAAUGACACAGCCUACCACUGGAACCUGAAAGUUCUGGAUCUAUCAGAUAAUGAGCUAGAGAGAGUGGUCUUUAUCAAUAACACACUGUUGAGUCUACGGUCUCUUAACCUCAGUCAUAACAGGUUUUGGACAGUGCCCACAAACAUGCCACACAACUUGGAGAUCAUUGACUUAUCACAUAACUAUCUGUUGCAGAUCCUGCCCGGAUCGUUGGAUCGACUGCCCCGACUGGCCCAGUUUUAUUUGCAUGCUAACCGCUUCACCUGGUUGUCUGAGGGAAUUUUUGAUAACCUAAUAGGACUGGAGAUUAUUACUCUUGGGGAUAACCCCUGGGCUUGUGAAGAAGAAGAACACAUAACAAAGCUCCUUAGAUGGUCAGAGAAAACCCGUGCAACUGUUUUGGGGUGCCCCUGUUAUACAAGACCCAUCUGUGGGCAAUCCCAUUUACCAGUAACAGGAAGGGAAAGGUACUCAGCUCGGUUUACUGAGUCACCACUCUGGGUUAACAGCAGAAGUGAAGGGCAGGAUGUUCAAUUGCCCCCAAGGACUGUAGAGAACACACCUAACUAUCAGGCAAAAUCUCCACUUGUUGACAGUGGAAUGUAUCAGGGCAAAGCAGGUAUGAAUGAAUCCGGGGACCACAUCUGGACAUCUUCAACAAGUAUGGAUAGUUUUUCUUCACACACAAGCACAACAGAACAUCCAAAGUCUUUAACCAAGAAGCCUAAACUAACUAAUUUAUAUAAUGAAGGCUGCAAACUGGACAUCAAAACUCAACAAACAGUCAUUCUGUCUGUUGUAGUCAUGACAACUGCAUUCACCACCUUCUAAACUGCAGCAUGUGGACACUAAAUCUAUAAGUAAUUUCCUGUAUGUAGCACCUCCAUUUUCCUUUGCUGUAUAAAAACUGUUGCGACUGUUGUUAUCUUCUGUCAUCACCAUCCUUUCAAGAUGCACAUCAUGACAAUAUCUCUUAAAAUCCUCUACACAAAGAAAAAUGUCAGAUGUAAACAUUUAGUUUAAUGCUUGAACACAUGCUGCUGGGUUCAUUUAUUCGUUUGUUCCGAAUCAAUGCUAUUGUGGUGUUUUGGUCCUACCAAGCCAUUUAGAACAGUGCUGUUCCCAAUAAGAAGCCCAAAAUGUUUGUAAUACAAAAUACUUUCCAAUUUACCAGUUAAGAACUAGCAAUAGGACAGUGUAUAAUACACACGUGCAAGCAUGUUCCCCUCCCGUUCCACUACGGGGACUGCCCGAAUGCCUGCAGAGAGUCUGUUGUCAGACGGAAGCAGUGUUUAAAGCAUGUGAGCCAAUCUGUGAGACAGUUUUGCUCAUGUUGUUGCUGUUGGUGAGUCAGCCAGCCGCAAAGGAGAGUGAAGCUAUAACAUAUAAAGAGCUCAAGUGAGAUCAAGUGUUAAACAUAGUGAAAAGUGUGCACUACGGCAACUGUGCGUUUCAUGCUGUAUUUUUUAAAUUUUUUUCACCCCAGUUCUUCUGUUUCCAGUGAACUAGACUAUCGCUAUCGCUUCCUUCUCUAUUCCAGGUCACUGGUCAACCAACUUUCAGCAGUCGUAUCUUGGAGGACUGCAUGGGAGUGUGUCUUGGGUGAGUGAAAACCCCUCUUCACCCCUUUGCCAGACUAAAAAAUGUAUGCGAAUGAAGACAUUUGCAGGACUGCAAUUCCACUCGUGAAACAGAAAGCAGAACGCAAACAGGAAUUUGAGUCUCAAACAACACUUUACCAAGAGAAACCUACAAGUUGUAUCACAAAAAUUAUUUAAUUGUGAGCAGCAACAACUUCUCAAGUACAAAAUACCUAACUUUCAUGUUUGUACUGUGUAUAAAAUGUGAUGGACAACCGUGUGACCCAUAUGAAGUUUGGAUGAUGUGUCUGCGAUAAAGUAUGGCUGAGCAGGAAGGCUCCAAAGUGGCCUAGUUUGGUGCCCUUUUCAGGCGCUCUUCCAUUCAAAUGAAUGGGAAAAAUUUGUUGAGAAUGUUACAAAAACUGUGACGAAUAGCUACCAAAAACAGUCUACAUUGGCCUUCUUUGAAAGAGUGACUUUUAUCCUUUAGAUGCACAUGUACAUCUGAGUCUUGUCCUGUCGAGGUGGCUCUUCUAUGUUGUGCCAUACGUUUAUGAAGUGGCUGUUGGGUUUCUCGAAUGUAGAGGUUGGUUGUUUAGUUUGUCUUUGGGACAAACCAAUUUUUGUCCGAGUGUGUGCGUCAGUUUCUUUGUAAAACUGGCUACAUAAGGGAUGACAUUUUUGUUCUGUUUGUUAUUCUGUUUCUCCCUAGUUGGUGUCUGACCUUGUUUACUGUGCAUCUUUGCUGAUUUGAUUAAAGCCCAUGUUGGGAUAAAAACAUGUUUUAAGAGCUUUCUUUACAUGUGUGUGUUCCUUUUCUUUCCCUUCUGCCUUAGAGGGAACUUUUUCUGACUGAUAUUGCAGGAUCACUUCCAGUUCCAGAGGGUGGUGGGAGUCAAAGAGUAGGUACUAGUCUGUGUGUGGGCUUCCGGUAAACUUCAAUGUUGAGGUGUUCUCAAUGUCCAGGAUGCCAAUUUUCACAUUGUGGACAAAGAGGACAGAUGGUUGAAAGAGGAGUGAAAGAAGCCAUCUAUGUCCACUGUGAACGACCAUCCUUGAACAGAGGGGGUUGCUUACCACACCAACUGUCUGACACCUAUAAUCCAGUUUUGAGAUCCCUUCCCAGAUACUUUAACGCCCACUCACAUCUUCUGUCAGUUGAUCUCAAUAAGUCACAUGAUAGGGUGAGGCAAGGUCUCACAAUGCUUUUUAUCCCAAACCUCUGCUGAUAAUGAUCCACACCCUUUUUCACACUUUGGCUCAUGCGAAGGGGCACAUGAUCAAUAGUCCCCAACGACUCUAACUCCCACUAGGGCUUAAAAUCUGGGACUCUCCACCAUCUAAUGUAACAAGUAGUAUAACAAAUU